AUAAGCUGGUUACCACCUUCACAGAGCCUUUUAUCGCAAACCCCACGCCCUUGCCCGCUGCUAGUCCGUUCGCCGUCGUCCUCUUUGUCGUCUUCUCCCCCGUUCAUCGCCCUCUCCAUCACACUUAUCCCACCCGUCCUAUCACCAUCAUGGCUGCUAAGAAGCGCUGCCAGUUCCAGAUCAACACCGAUGCCCAGUGCAGUUCCGCUGCCCUGCGCAUCGUCGGCCAAUGCCCCCACUGCAGGAAUCAGUUCUGCGGCUCGCACCGUCUGCCGGAGCACCAUGAUUGCUCCAACCUUGAAGAUUGCCGGCAACAAGCGUUUGAUCGGAAUAAGAACAAACUGGAGAGCGAGCGGACGGUGGCGUCCAAGAUUGCCGCUGCGUAGACCCCCCAGGCCUUUCAUGGUUCAUCAUCCCCACACCUUCCUCCGUCGUCGCUCUUUGAGCCGCUCGCCAUCUAUUCUCUGCGCAUGAAUGGCGCUUUGGACCCAUGUGCAGCACCACUAUCUAUUAAUGCCCUCGCAUCGCAUGGACACCCCAGUUCACCCAUAUAUUCCAUACUAGUAUUGUACACUUGUCCUAUUAUAAUUUUUUCUUUUGCUUUUUCUUUGAAACACGAUCUCUUCCAAAUCACAA